GAAUUGAUUAUCGAUACGGUCAAUAUGAGACCAGGCUUUCCGAGGGGAGUCGAGGUGUAAAUGAUUACCUGCUGAAAAGCUCCGUGGAAUCUGCUCCAAAAGCGACGGCAUCGUGUAAGUUAAGAUUGGGAGAAAUUUGUUUCCAGGAUCUCGGGUCGCGUAUCAAAGCGCGCUAGCGCAGGUCCCGGUACGGCGGAAACGGUUGACAUCACCACUUUGAAGUGGCACCUUCACUCCUGCACUCAUCUACAUACCCACCAAAACAUCGUAACUGGAGUUUGUGUGACCACGCAUGUUCAGAAUCUGCACGAGGUCGCACGAGGUCGAUUCCAAGUUUCUGAUCGCCAGCUCCAACUUUGGGAGGACAAUGGCCCGAGGUGCAGUCACAGCGAGCGCGCCCAGCGUGACGCCCGCUACUCGGCGGAGUGAGAGGAACUGGAAGCAGGCCAACCAAGAGGUGACCAUCAAGAAAGAAGACCCAUCGUCGCCAGGAGUCCCAAAGCAUUCACAACGCACAGCGUCAUCUGCAACUCCAGAUCGAAGGAGCAAGCGCAUCAAGACGGAACAUAAGUCGCCACAUGUCCAGACUCCGCCAGCAAAGAGGGUGAAGGCCAAAUCAUCAUCAACACCAACCGCUGUCGUCAAGCCAGAAACCUCCAGCGCCAAGACAAGCGACCACAAAAAGACGCAAGCAGACAAGGCAGCAGACUUACAAGCCAAGAAGCUAAAGUCCUACGCGCAGUUCGCCAACCAGUCACCCUUUCCCUCCUUCCCGCACCCGACCCCGGCAGAAUGUGAACUCGCCCACCGCAUCCUCUCGUCUCUCCACGGGGCGCGCACCCGCCCGGAGAAAGUUGUAGCACCGACUAACACGGCGGGCUGCGGCAACUCAUCCUCGGUCCUUGACGCCCUGGUCCGAACCAUCCUGUCGCAAAAUACAAGCGACAAGAACAGCUCGCGCGCUAAGUUAUCCAUGGAUAAAGUCUACGGCGGCAGUGACAAGUGGGACGCCAUUGUUGAGGGCGGGCAGGCCAAACUACAGAAGACAAUUGAGAGUGGGGGCCUGAGCGUCGUGAAAAGCAAGGUAAUCCUUGGCAUUCUGCAGCAAGCUAAGGAGAAGUACGGGAAGUACUCACUGGACCAUCUGUUCGAGGCGUCGGACGAGGAUGCCAUGCGGGAGAUGCUCGCCUUCCAGGGUGUGGGGCCCAAGACGGCGAGUUGUGUUUUGCUAUUUUGUCUGAGAAGGGACAGCUUUGCUGUUGACACGCAUGUGUAUCGUAUCACAGGGCUGUUGGGGUGGAGGCCUAAGGACAAGGAGUGCACGAGGGAGCAAGCGCAGGCGCAUUUGGAUGCGCGGGUACCGAGAGAGGAUAAGUAUGGUUUACAUAUCCUGCUAGUUAGUCAUGGAAAAGCAUGUGAGGAAUGCAAGGCGGGGGGGAAGAGUGUGGGGAAAUGCAAGCUGAGGAACGCGGUCAGGGGGGCUAGGAUUGAGGGGUAGGUCAGCGUGGGAGACAAGAAAGAGGAAACCGAGAAAAUCAAGGAGGAAGAGAGUGAAGUUGAGAGUGAUUGAGAUGCGGUUCAGAGCGCAGUCGAACAAGCUUUGCGACGCCACUGAUGUGAGCAAGGUUGGCAUUUGGAUGACACGAGACAAUGCAGCGUGACGCCGUGCAAGUUUGGGCUUUCAUCACCGUUGAGCUCAUCACCAUUAGCCGAAACGAAUAUAUUAUUUGGUUUACAGCGUC